UGGUUCUUCAUUAAGUGCUUCUCUGUAGCGGUUAUAUGGCUCCAGAGUAUGCAGUGGAUGGGCUAUUUUCAGUCAAAUCAGAUGUGUUCAGCUUUGGUGUUUUGGUGCUGGAGAUUGUGAGUGGGAGGAGAAACAGAGGUUUCUAUCAUCCAGAUCACCACCUCAACCUCCUUGGGCAUGCAUGGAGACUCUACAAAGAAGACAGGUUGUUGGAAUUGAUUAAUGAGGCUCUAUGGGACUCAUGCUACCUAAUUGAAGUGUUGCGAUCAAUCCAUGUGGGUCUUUUAUGUGUGCAGCAAUGUCCAAAGGACAGGCCAAGCAUGUCUUCUGUGGUUCUGAUGUUGGGUAGCGAAGGUCCAUUGCCUCAGGCCAAACAACCUGGCUUCUUCACUGAAAGGAAUGUUCUUGAGGCUGGUUGUUCAUCAAGCAAGGAUGCAACAACUUCAGCCAAUGAAAUCACCAUUACCAUGUUAAAUGCCCGAUAGAAACACACAUUGUGUUGAUGCUAAUUACAUGCCCCAAAACCCGUGAAAUAAAAUGAAAACCAUUUAGUUAGAUUUUAUAUCUUCUGAAAGGUGGAAGCUAUGGUUAGUCAUUGUUUCUUGUUAAUGUCGGGUUAUAAACCUUCAUUGGUUAUUAUCAUAAUUAAUA